UGUAGAGUUCAUUUAUUCAUGUUGCAUGAGCCAGCACCAUUAUUUUUAUUACCAUUCUCCAGAAACUUGAAAAAAAAAAUCCUACCAAAAUCCCCCACUGAUGUCAUAGCUGGAACAUGGCUUUAUGUCUGAACGUUGGAUGUAUUCCCAAAGGAAGCUUUAUUAAGCACUCAAAGGACACUGCAUGAAAUCACCUUUUCUCAAGGUUACAUUUCAAACGUUCAAAGAGUAGAAGAUAAUGCAUACUAUUAUAUAUUAACUCUGAAUGGCUGCAAUUAAACUGUAGUUUCAGAGCCAGAAUGGAGCUGCCUAUAAUUCUAAUAAUCUAUUAUAAGUAUCCUCUACAAUAAGUUAAAAAGUAUUAUGAGAGAACCAACCUAAUUUUCCUUUGCACCAGAUAUUGUGAGCCCUUUUUAUAAUUUUACAUGCUUCAACCUUCCAGCACAUGAAGCUCCAAUCAAGGCAGCCAUUUGCAAUAUUUCAGUCACAAUAUUUCAUAAGAAGCCAAUGCCUAUCUUAAUGCAAGUGAUAGAUUUUUUUUCCUCUUGGCCCACUUCCUCCACAAUUACUUUCAAAAUUGUCAAUAAAACAAUCUAGUUGAAUUUUAUGUGCCUUACAUCAAAUGUUUCUCAGUUAAAAACCAGUUAUCUAAACAGGUAUGUAGGUUAUGCAGCAGGCUCUUCGUUUAAUCAAAAGUUUACUUGUGUCCCAGAGGGAACCAGUUAACAUCCUGGGUGUGUCUGUCACAAAUUUGAUGGCUGAGAUUACAACCAUAAGAAAGUUUUGCAAGUCUGUUGUUUGGAAGUUGUUGUUUGGAGAAUGAAACCAUUUUUUUAGGGAAGAGCAGUGAUGUUUCUAUUCAGUGAAAUUGUGAAAGCCUUUCCAGCAUUGCAAAUCUGAUCUUCAAACAAAAUGUUACAGCUUUAACAUUAUUUCUGCCUAAACUAACUUUAUAUUCUAGUCACACUGCAUUAAAUCUUUUUCUGUUGCUCAACUAUUAAGUAUCUCCUGCUUAUCCAGCUGAGCAAAUUCUCUUCUGCAACUUGACUCCAUGCCUUUUUAUGAAGGGAACCCUCAGUCUUAAAGGUGUGUGCAAAUUCAGAAUCUCUGAGUCAAGUGAGCAUCCUUUUAAUAAUCCUGGUGUGUCCACAUGCAAAUAGGAAAGCACCACACCAAACCUGGAGCCAGAAUACACUUGGCCAUGGUGCUGAAGCUUCCCACUUCCCUAUUUUACUCUGCUGUCGGUUGAUGCUACCCUUUUUCUUCGCAUGUCCUAAUUCCUCUUCGCCAGCGAGUUGUUUCCAGGCCUUCUGUGGUGAUGCUUCCAGGCGGAUAUGCCCAAAUCCUACAGCCCGACGAGUGCGGCGCCUUUGGGGUGGCUUCCAUCCGCGCUGGGGGCUUCUUCUCCCUGGGACCCACAGAGGGGCCGGAGGGGCAGCCUGAGUUCUACUGUCUCGGCAGGAGGCCUCCGGGGCCUUCUUUCCCCACCACUGGCUGGGGCCUCCGCGCCACGGACGGCGGGGCUGCUCUUGUCCUUCUGUCAUCCGGCAGCUCCAGGCCUGAAAAAGAAAUCGAAGCGUUGCACCCGAGUGCCCCGCGCCCGUCCCCUGGUCUCAACCCUCGCCAGCCGAGGGUUGCAGGCUCGGGGGGGGGGGGGGGGGCUGCGGCACCACAAAACCCAUGGUGCCCGGCCAGUCCCCCGUGCCGCCACCUUUCAAGGCUGGAGACCGGGACUCCCCCUCACUCCCCCCGCCAGGUGGCGGCACGAGGUCUCCCGGCCCGGCGGCGGCCAUCUUGAGAGCGGGCUGCCCGCUUCCUAGAUGGCCGCUGCCUUCUCGUCGCGCGGCCUGUCUUCCUGGGGAUGACGGGCGCCGCCUCGCUGCUGCUGCUGGUGCUCCGGCGCGGGGGCCGCGGCCUCCUCCGGCCCGAGGCUCCUCUACCGGGCGGCGCUCGGGGGGCUCUGGGCCGCCGUUGGACCCGGGCCCCCGCGGAGCGCAGGCCAGGCGACGACCUUCAGCUCCGGCUGCCCGGCGCGCUCUCCAGGGGCUGCUGGGCCUGGCCUGCGUGGACCCCCGCCCGGCUGUGGAGGCUGCUGGAUGAGAGGUACCUGGCCUUGACUGCAGGCUUCCUUACUGGUGGCACCUGCUGCUAUUUUUCUACAUCUGGUUCUCAUCGCAAUGACCAAAGUGGGAAAAAGCCCAAAGGGAAAUCCCCAAAGGAAGAUGAGGAGGAAAAGAGACGCCGGGAGAGGGAAGACCAGAUGUAUCGAGAGCGGCUGAAGGUCCUCUUCUUCAUUGCCAUCGUCAUGAGCCUGCUGAACUCACUGACCACCAGCGCGGGAAGCAUCUCCUGGAACGACUUUGUCAACGAGCUGCUGGCCAAGGGGGAGGUGCAGAGUGUGCAGGUGGUGCCGGAGAGCGAAAUUGUGGAAAUCCACCUGCACCCGGGGGCCGUGGUCUUUGGUUGGCCCAAGCUGAGCCUGACCUAUGUGAUGAAGGUGGCAAACAUCGACAAGUUCGAGGAGAAAUUGCGAGCGGCCGAAGAUGAGCUGAACAUCGACUUGAGCGACCGAAUCCCCGUCUCUUACAGGCGCAGCAGCUUCUUCGGAAAUGCCCUCUACACCUUGGGAAUGACUGUGGUCAGUGUUGGCAUUCUGUGGUACAUUUUUCGGCUGGCUGGCAUAUCAGGAAGGGAAGGCGCCUUCAGUGCCUUCAACCAGCUGAAAAGGGCUCGCUUCACAAUCGUAGAUGGCAAAUCUGGGAAAGGGAUCAGCUUCAAGGACGUGGCAGGCCUGCACGAGGCCAAGACGGAAGUCAAGGAAUUUGUGGAUUACCUGAAGAGUCCGGAGCGCUACCUCCAGCUGGGUGCCAAAGUGCCCAGAGGGGCCCUCUUGCUUGGGCCACCAGGCUGCGGCAAGACCUUGCUGGCAAAAGCGGUGGCUACAGAGGCCCAAGUGCCAUUCCUGGCAAUAGCUGGCUCUGAAUUUGUGGAGGUGAUUGGCGGCCUUGGCGCUGCCCGGGUGCGGAGCCUCUUCAAGGAAGCCCGGGCGUGUGCCCCGUGCAUCGUCUACAUAGAUGAAAUAGACGCGGUUGGGAAAAGGCGCUCAACCAACAUGUCUGGCUUCUCCAACACAGAAGAGGAGCAAACCCUGAACCAGCUGUUGGUCGAAAUGGACGGGAUGGGGACCACGGACCACGUCAUCGUGCUGGCCUCCACCAACCGAGCGGAUAUCCUGGACAAUGCCCUCAUGAGGCCCGGGAGGCUGGAUCGCCACAUUUUUAUCGACCUGCCCACUCUGCAGGAGAGACGGGAGAUCUUCGAGCAACACCUGAAGGGGCUGAAGCUCUCCCAGCCCGGCAGCUUCUACUCCCAGCGGUUGGCUGAACUCACCCCAGGCUUCAGCGGAGCUGAUAUUGCCAACAUUUGUAACGAGGCGGCUCUCCACGCUGCCAGAGAGGGGUACAAAUCCAUCGACACAAUCAGCUUUGAGUGUGCUGUGGAGAGAGUAAUUGCAGGAGCUGCCAAGAGAAACAAGAUCCUUUCGCAGGAGGAGCGGAGGGUGGUGGCAUUCCACGAAUCGGGCCACGCCCUGGUGGGCUGGCUGUUGGAGCACACCGAAGCAGUGUUGAAGGUGUCCAUAGCUCCCCGCACAAACGCUGCGCUGGGCUUUGCCCAGAUCCUGCCCAAGGACCAGUACCUGCUGACCAAGGACCAGCUCUUUGAGCGGAUGUGCAUGGCGCUGGGGGGCAGAGUGGCAGAAGCCAUCACCUUUAACAAAGUGACCACAGGGGCCCAAGAUGACCUCCGGAAGGUCACCAGGAUAGCCUACUCCAUGGUGAAACAGUACGGAAUGAUGCCCUCCAUCGGCCACCUGUCCUUCCCAGAGACGGAAAGCGGUCCAGGGAUUGGGCGGCGCCCCUUCAGCCAAGGGCUCCAGCAAGUAAUGGACCAUGAAGCAAAGCUGCUGAUAGCCCAAGCGUACCGGCGCACAGAGAAACUGCUGAUGGACAACCGGGACAAACUGAAGAUGCUGGCAGACGCCCUGUUGGAGAACGAAGUGGUCAACUACGAGGACAUCGAAGCCCUUCUCGGCCCUCCCCCGCACGGGCCCAAGAAAACCAUCUCUCCCCAGAGCUGGAUAGAAGCCGAGAGAGACAAGCAGGACAGAGGAGAGGAAGAGCCGCCUCCCCAGUUGCCCCCCUACAAGGAGGAGCAGGAGCCUCACCUGAGCUAUGUUUGAAACGCCAUCAUGAAGCGAGUAGCCGGUUGGAUUCAGGUUUUUCUUCCAAACUUAGAAGUGCUAAGGAUGUUUAUUUUUGCGCCCUGAACCCAGCCCAGUUUGGAUGUGGGGCAGUGGGCAGGCCAAGCGGUGAACAGUGCCAGAAGCACCAUCUUAGAGACCCCUUUGGCUCUGGUCUGAGAGAACCAACCCAGCUCUCCGCCUGGGGUUUCCUGCUUAGCUAUCCUCUCUCGAACCAUUUGGUUGCCCGCCGAUAAGGAUCCGGUACCCAGCAGCCUGAGUUGGUCCCAUUUCUUAGAUCCUAGGGCUUUCUUCCUGCUGCUGUGUCUGUGGUGCAUGUAGGAACUGGAGGGACGUGAGCUUUAUCAACUGUUCGGGGCACUGCUGACAGGGAGGAGGAGGAGGAGGAGGACAGGCCCAGUUUUGCCUUUAGGAGGUGGCAGUUCCCAGAGGGAAUGUUUGUUCACGUCUGUCCAAAGCAGUGGGUGCCCCUUGGAGCAUCACCUCACUUCCUCCUCUCCUUGGAGAGUCCUGGGUCACCGUCCCAGGCAUUUGGAUGGGGGGGCGGGGGGGGGGACUCUGACUUGUGCGCUGGCACUGAGCUAUCUCUGUGCAGAGAGGCAUGUUAGAGAGUUUCGAAGUGGGCCCUUGCAUUGCAGAGUUGAGAGAAGCAACUACUCUAGUCCUGCUAUGCCAGCGCCCCCUUGUGCCAGACUCUCGCCUCCUGUGAUCAGCAUCUGCCACCCGGUGGUCUGCUGAGGAACUGCACCCCAAUUUCUUCUGGUGGAGAACUCCAGUUAAGCCACCCAGUUCCUGCCUGGUGAUGUUGGACAUUUCCAAGGGGAAGCUGACUAUAUGCAACACAACUGAAUGGGUCUUGGUGAGGGAGCAAAGGUGGCUGAGGAUCCGGGCUCAGCAGCGUCUAAAGUAAAGCCACACAAGCUCCCUGUGCUUGUCUGCAGCCUGGCAACAUCUUUGUGGAAACCCAUUUCUCAAAUUUAGGCAUAAAUGAAGUGGCAUUUUAGGCUAUACACAUAUAUUUGCCUUUGUUUACAAUGGAUGAUCUUGUAUGUUGUUUCCAGCAGGCUGCUGUAUUUCAAUAAAGAUUUAGAAGUGCUGCCGAUCCAAGUAUUGUUGAACUUUAAAGGGGGGGGGGUGUUAACUAGGAAAACCGCAUUUCCUAUCUUCUGUUCUGAACGGUGUUAUCCUUGGAUUUCGGGAUGACAAAUACGAUGAUGGUUCUUUAUUUGAUUUUUCUUGAAUCUUCCUCCUGUCUGCAUCAAAAAUGGGUUUAUUACAUUUGUGAGUUCAUGAUUUAGUGCUAUAUGAUCAUACUCUUUUUAAACAAUUGUAUGUUAAUCUAAUAUUUACACACCAUUUAAAAGAGACGGUCAAAAAGCUACGAAGGAAACAAAAAGAGCAAAACUCAUCCCCUCCAGCAGCCUCCACUCUGGUAAGCAGGGAUUAACUUCAAACAAACAUUCAAGCAGAAAACAAUGCCCUGAUGAAGACAUUGACGGGAGGAAAAUCACACCCCGCCCACGCAGUG